GGGCUCUUGGCAGCGCGUGAGGCCCCGAGGGGGAAGCUAGGAAGGAGCCGAGCGGGCUGCUGGGUGGUGCGCGCUGCAGCGGGCACAGGGGCGGAGGCUGCAAAGCCCAGCUGGGGGCUGAGAUGGGCUCCGAAGCACGUGGCCUGUGCCCCCCCUCCUCCCUCCCUCUGAGCGGCCUGUGGGAGGCAUCCGGCCCCUUUCUACACUCGCUUAAAAACACCCACUACCAGAGCAUCGGGAGGAUGUUCCCCUAAAAUACACCCAGAAAAUGAACGAGUGGGCGCCCAUAGCGAAAGAGUAUGACCCCCUUAAAGCAGGGAGCAUUGAUGGCACAGAUGAAGAGCCCCAUGACCGUGCCAUAUGGAGGGCCAUGUUGGCACGGUACGUACCCAAUAAGGGGGUUACGGGAGAUCCCCACCUCACUCUGUUUGUAGCAAGACUGAAUUUACAAACCACAGAGGAGAAGCUGAAGGAAGCCUUUUCCAGGUAUGGAGACAUUAGGAAGAUUCGUCUUGUUAGAGACUUGGUCACGGGUUUUUCCAAGGGCUAUGCGUUUAUAGAGUACAAAGAGGAACGGGCGCUCUUGAAAGCCCAUAGAGAUGCCAACAGGCUGGUUAUUGACCAGCAUGAGAUAUUUGUGGACUUCGAGCUGGAAAGGACCCUCAAAGGAUGGAUCCCUCGGAGACUUGGAGGUGGUUUUGGAGGCAAGAAGGAAUCCGGGCAGCUGCGGUUUGGAGGGCGGGACAGGCCUUUCCGAAAGCCCAUCAAUUUGCCAACUAUGAAAAGCGACUUCUAUGGAGAGGGGCCAGUGGAGAAAAGAGAAAGGAGCUGGUCUCGUGAGGGAGCGAGGGACUGGAGAGCGAGGGACCGAGACCCCGAAAGGAACCGAGACAACAGAUGGCUGGAAAGGGAGCGAUCGUGGGCUUGGGGUGAAAGCAACCGGGAGAGAGAGCGGGAUUCCAAAGAGGAAAGGAGCAGAGGAAGAGACAGGAAGGACAGAGAGAGAAAAGACAGGGAAAGAGACCGUAGCAGGGAGAGAGACUCUAAGAAGCAGAGAGAUGAUGACAAACAUCGGUAGAAGAAAGUGUCUUUAUUACAGAUAAGCUUAACACCCAUGAACUGUGGGGAAGUUUACAGCCAGACCCCUCCAAAAGGUACUGAUUCAAACAACCCUGAAUUGUGGUCAGGUUCUAAUCCAGGCCUGGGCCCGCCUCUGGCUUAAGAAAGCUAUAGGAACAGAUUCAACCCGUGGCUUUGCUGCAUGCUUCCAACCUGCAAGGAGGCCUGCUAAUCUCCUGGAACUAGAUCCUCAGCAGGUGUAAAGUUGGAUAGAGCCACUGUCUUCAGCAAAGCUGCACCAGCCGAGCAGCUGACCCAUUGUCUCUGGUUUAUUGUCCUUCAGGUCAUUUCUAUGGUGGUUUUGCCAGAAAGAGGGGACAAUGACUCCUGCAGUAACCUGUACCUGUGUUGAGUUGUGGAUCUCUUAUUUACAGAGCUUUUGUUCUCUGUCUCAUGUAUUAUGUGGUAUCUGCCCUUUCUUUGGUUUGAUUCCCCACCCCCACCUUCUUAAAUGUAAAAUGUUCUUUGUGUGCAAACAAAUCUUCCUGUGGGUGUAUUCUAACCAUGUGGUGACUGUCUCCUUUCUUUCCGGAGGUCAGGACUGUAGCAGGAUUCCUUAACAUGGUUCAAUUAUACAGGCAAGGCCAACAUCUCUUAUAAACAGGAGAGAGCCCCAGUUCUGUUAUGACAUGAUCCCCCUUACUCAGUAGUUUACCUCUAUAGAUGGGCCCUGAUACUGCGUUAGAUUCAGCAUAGCCCUCCCCAGCUCAUGCAGCUUGGAGCUGAGAGAACUGCAGCGGCAUUGGUAUCAUAGUCCCAGCCUUCCAGAUAUUGACAGGCGUCCUACAGGAAAAAGAGGAGAGCCAGAACUGGGCAUUCACAGCAAAAGUGUUAGAAGGCAGAUCUUAGGACACAGCCAAUUAUUUUAUUUGUUGCUCUUCAGAGGUUUUCUUUACGCAAAGUCUCACUAAUGUGUUUUAUAGAGCGGGGAGGAGGGGUAGCAGGAUCUGGGAAAUAACGAAAGCAUUGGAAAGCACAGAGUAUUGCAUUUACUACCUCUGAUGAUCUCGGGCUCUAUGUAGUUCCAUUUCUAAGAACAUUAAGGAACCAGUAAUCACUGUUUGCUGUGGGUUCUCUAUUAUACUUUGCUUCAGGGAGACCCAAUGGAAUGUACAAGUUGUAUGUACCUAUGAAAAUAAAAAUGAAAUGUUUAAAAAAAUUUUAACCACAUGAUACUUGUUGGCAUUCUGUAAGGAACACCAGACUUACAGAUGUGCCUG